AUGAAAGCGUUAAACGCACACAAGAAGUGCCACUUGAAGAGGAUUAAGGACCCGAACGCACCCAAACGAUACCAUUGCGAGUACGAGGGCUGCCAUUACGGGGCAAACCGUGCGUACAAUUUGAAGAUUCACGUGAAGCGCCGCCAUUUGGACCUCAAAGAGUACAAGUGUUCGGCCGACGGGUGCGGCAAACGGUUUGUCACCAAAUGGCACCUCAGGAGACACGCGAAACAACACUCGCAACAGUCAGAGCGCCAUUUGUCACCCCAUAUGCGGUCCAAUAGAUACCGGUGUCCGGAACAGGAUUGCCGUCAGCAUUACGCGCAUCCGUCGGGGCUGAGGAGACACCGGAGGAUUAGUCACAGCACUGAACGGCCGCAUCGGUGCGAUUGGCCCGCGUGUGAGGCGGCGUUUACACUGAAACACUCGCUAACAUUACACGUGGCCAGACAUACGGCCGGUCGGGACUUGAAGUGUCCGGUCGACGGGUGCGACAAACGGUUCAUCGAUUCUAAGAGCCUUUAUAACCAUAAGCGGAAACAACACGACCUGCCGUUCGCCUGCGAUUAUCCCGAUUGUGGCCUACGAUUCGCCUCAUUGUCUGAGUUGACGGCUCACCACAAGCGACACGAGGGCGCUGUCCGGCCGUUCACUUGUAUACACGACGGCUGCGGUCGGAAUUUUUUUAGCAAUUUUGUGUUGAGAAGACAUCAAAUGAAAUGUAAACACAAAGUUAUUACAAGAGUUGCCACAAAUCAGUCAAUUGUGGACCAAAACAAGAUUCAAGAGUACGUAUAUAUUGCGGACACCAAUGAGUGGACUACACGUGAAGAAGCGGUUGUCGUGAAUGAAGAAAAGGAGUUGGAGGUGGAGUCAACUGAAGACAAUUCAUUGCCUGUGGAAGACAUUGUGAAUGAAGAGCAGAUUAUAAAGACAGACAUUGGAAGUGAUGGAUGUGUUGACAACACUUAUUACAAGAAAGAGAUUGAGUUGGAAACGGGUGACACGGAUUGCAAACCAAUUAUCACUGAUGGAGACGACGCCACCACAAACACAGACAACACUACCACUGUGUGGCCCCUCAUCACCGAAAUCGUUGCAAUCAAUCAUUCAUUUGUGGACAGAUUUAGUACUCAAGAGGAGGAAUGUCUUGACGCCACGAAAGAGCGGAUAAUACGCGAAGAAGUGGUUGUUGUGAAUGAAGUGGAAAGUGUAAAAGAAUUGUCGGCUGUUGAAAAAACGGCGCCCGUUUUGGGACAACUAUUUGCCGAAAAGCGCUUCAAAAUUAGUGGCCUUCGAGCGAACGGAUCCGCAGCCGAAGCCAACGCAACGCCAAAGUCGGCGAAUAACUCGCAAUACAAGUGCGGUUGGAUUGGUUGCCGUCAGACGUUCCGAUUGGCGGGUCUGCUGGCCGUUCACCAGAGGCUUAGUCACGGGUCAGUGGCUCAACCGGCGAGUGAGGCCACUGUUAGCACUGCCAGCGCUGUUCAACAGCCUAUCCAACGGUUGGGGCGACUCAGGGAUUAUCGGCUGACACAUUUGGCAUCACAUACCGGCCGGUGCUCUGAUGACAUCCAGGACUCGCACACCACACCUAAACUUUCGACAUCCGUCCCAUGCGGUGAAUGCGGCCAUCAGUUUGCCAACGAAAUGGCACUCAAAACUCAUAUGAAGUCUCAUCCGGAACCUAAUCCAGUGGCCGAACCGGUGGCCAAACCGAUGGCCAAACCGAUGGUCAAACCCAAAACCAAACGAUUUCGAUGCGAACAUAAGGACUGUCCGUAUGAGACGGACAGACGGUUCCUGUUUGGUCAACACCAGAGACGGCACUCAAACAUACGUCCGGUGUAUAAGUGCGAGACUAUCGGCUGUUCAAUGAGUUUUUUGUCCCGAAACGCUAUGCGACUGCAUAUGUUGGCUAAGCAUGGAGUGGGUCCGCGACCGGUGACCUACCGGUGCGAUCACACGGGCUGUGCGUACGAAUCGCAAAUGGCGUUGGCUUUCACUCAACACCAGAAGAUCCAUCUGAAGACUACGGGUGGACCCAAGAGAUACCAAUGCGAGUACGAGGGCUGCGACUAUGAGACAAGCGUUGAGCGCGAUUUCGUCUAUCACCAGAAGAGCCGCCAUCUGAAGCUUAGAUACCAUUGCGAUUACGAGGGCUGCCAUUACGGGACAGACUAUGCGAAAAAUUUGAAGAGACACGAGAAGUGCUGCCAUUUGAACCUCAAAGAGUACAAGUGUUCGGCCGACGGGUGCGGCAAACGGUAUACCACCCAAUCGGCGCUCAAGAAACACUCGGAACAGCACAAGUCGGCAGCGGAGCGGAAGCCAAUCCCAAAGCGCGUCCCCAACAAAAAAUACGAGUGUCCGGAAGAGGGCUGCGGCUACAAGUGUGAGGCACCGUCACAACUGGCCAAUCACAGGGCGAAUCGGCACAACUCUGAGCGACCGCAUCGGUGCGAUUACGCGGACUGUGCCUACGAAUCGCACGAUAAGAUAGCGCUGACCGCACACAAGAAGAUCCACCCGAAGACUGCGGGCCAACCCAAACGAUACCAAUGCGAGUACGAGGGCUGCCAUUACGGGACAGACUGUCAGCGCUUUUUGAAAUAUCAUCAAAAUCGCCGCCAUUUGAACCUCAAAAAGUUCAAGUGUUUGGCCGACGGGUGCGGCAAAUGGUUUGCCACCAAUUAUGAGCGCAGGAAACACGCAAAACGCAUUCACUCGGAACCGUCUGAGCGCCACUUCCCGCCCCGUAUGCCGUCCAAGAGAUAUCUGUGUCCGGAACGCGAUUGCGGCCAGUAUUGCGUCAAUGCAUCGGCGCUAAAGAGACACCAGAAGAGUCAACACAGCGCUGAACGGCCGCAUCGGUGCGAUUGGCCCGCGUGUGAGGCGGCGUUCAAAUGGAAACACUCACUCCAAUUACAUGUUUCCAAACAUACUGGCAGUCAGGAGCUCGAGUGUCCGGUCGAGGGCUGCGGCAAACGGUUCGCCAACUCUCACGCACUUUGCGGCCAUAAGAGGACAGCGCACGACUUGCCCCACGCGUGCGAUUGGCCCGAUUGUGGCCAACGGUUCGGCACUCGACAGCAGUGGACGGCUCACCACAACCGACAUGAGGGCGUCCGGCCGUUCGCGUGUCCGCACGUGGGCUGCGGUCAGAGUUUUUUCAAUGAAAAAUCAUUAAAUCGACAUAAAUUGAAGUUUAAUCACAAUGUUUUGUGA